ACCGAAGUAGUGAGGGUGAAUGUUUGGGGCGAGACGAGGGCAAUUAACUCAUUCAUCAUUCCGGUCACUCCGAGCUAAAAGGAACCUACAGACCAGCUCAGGAUCUACUGAUCUCGGAUGCGCAUCUACUCCAAAAGUAUCUUCUAAAGCCCCUUUUGAAGUGAUACUCUCACAAACAUGGAGGAAAUUGUCAUAGCUGGGAUUUCAGGUCGCCUUCCAGAGUCAAACAAUUUGGAAGAAUUCUGGCAGAACCUUUUCAAUGGAGUUGACAUGGUCACAGAGGAUGACAGAAGGUGGAAGCCAGGUCUGUAUGGUCUUCCUCGCAGAAAUGGAAAGCUAAAAGAAAUCGACAGAUUUGAUGCAGCCUUCUUUGGUGUGCAUCCCAAACAAGCACACACCAUGGACCCACAGCUUAGGCUUAUGCUAGAGAUAUCAUACGAGGCCAUCGUUGAUGGAGGCAUAAACCCUACAUCCAUGCGUGGUACUAACACUGGUGUUUACAUUGGUGUAAGUGGUUCUGAGGCUGGUGAGGCCUUCAGUAAAGAUCCAGAAGAGCUGCUGGGGUACAGCAUGACUGGCUGCCAGCGUGCCAUGUUCUCCAACCGACUCUCUUACUUUUUUGACUUUAAUGGCCCCAGCACAGCUAUUGACACAGCAUGCUCUUCCAGUCUCCUGGCUCUGGAGAAUGCCUUUAAUGCUAUUCGGCAUGGCCAGUGUGAUGCAGCUCUUGUAGGGGGAGUUAACUUGUUGCUCAAACCCAACACUUCGGUGCAGUUCAUGAAAUUGGGCAUGCUCAGUCCUGACGGAGCCUGCAAGUCUUUUGAUGUAUCAGGAAAUGGAUACUGUCGCUCAGAAGCUGCUGUGGCUGUGCUCCUCACGAAGAAAUCCAUGGCCAAAAGAGUCUAUGCUACUGUGCUCAAUGCUGGCAACAACACAGAUGGCUAUAAAGAACAAGGUGUGACAUUCCCUUCAGGGGAAAUGCAGCAGCGUCUUGUCCGCUCCCUCUACCAAGAGGCAAACAUCUCCCCAGAUCAAGUUGAAUAUAUUGAAGCCCAUGGCACUGGCACUAAGGUCGGGGACCCCCAAGAAGUGAAUGGCAUUGUCGGUGUAUUCUGUCAUUCAGAGCGUGAACCAUUGCUUAUUGGAUCCACCAAAUCGAACAUGGGCCAUCCUGAGCCUGCCUCAGGGCUUGCUGCUCUUGCAAAAGUGCUCUUGUCACUAGAACAUGGUGUGUGGGCUCCCAACAUCCACUUCCACACCCCCAACCCAGACAUCCCCGCUCUCCUAAAUGGUCAGGUUCGGGUUGUGUCCGAGCCCAUUCCUGUGCGUGGAGGCAUUGUAGGCAUCAACUCCUUUGGCUUCGGAGGCUCGAAUGUCCACGUUAUCUUGCGCCCACCUGGGCCUAAACCGACUGCUACAGUUUCAGCAACAUCUGUGCCCAGGAUUGUGCUGGCAUGUGGGCGCACUGAAGAGGCUGCUACCGUUCUCCUGCAAAAAGCUCAGGAACACAAGAACGACCCAGCCUUCCUGGACCUACUCAGUGAGGUGUGUGCUCUCCCCACGUCAGGCAUGCCCUACAGGGGUUACACACUGGUGGGAGCACAAGGUGAAGUUAAGGAGGUGCAGCAGGCUGCACCAUCCUCCAGACCCCUCUGGUACAUCUGCUCUGGCAUGGGUACACAGUGGGCCGGUAUGGGUCGCUGCCUAAUGCAGAUGCAGGAUUUUAGAGAGUCCAUCGAACGCUUAGACAUCGCUCUGAAAGAAACAGGACUGUGUGUGUCUCGCCUGCUCAUGGAGGCUGAUGAAAACACCUUUGAAGACACAGUCCAUGCUUUUGUGGGCCUUGCAGCCAUUCAGAUUGCGCAGAUAGACAUGCUGCGGAAAAUAGGCCUUCAACCAGAUGGCAUUGUGGGUCAUUCUGUCGGCGAGCUAGCAUGUGGCUAUGCCGAUGGCUCUCUCAGCCACAAAGAGGCAAUCCUGGCUGCCUACUGGAGAGGAAAAUGCAUCAAAGAAGCUAACCUGCCACCUGGAGGCAUGGCAGCAGUGGGUCUGACCUGGGAAGAGUGUAAGGUUCAGUGUCCACAGGGGGUGGUCCCAGCAUGUCACAAUGCAGAGGACACGGUCACUAUCUCAGGGCCACAGGAAGCAGUGACCAAAUUUGUUGCUGAGCUUAAGAAGAAUGGUGUUUUUGCCAAAGAAGUGCGCAGUGCUGGUGUUGCAUUCCAUUCCUACUACAUGGCUUCUAUUGCUCCUGCUCUGUUGACUGCUCUGCAGAAGGUGAUCAAAAACCCACAACUUCGCUCUGCCCGUUGGAUCAGCACCUCCAUCCCACAGUCAGAGUGGGAGAACCCACUAGCCCUCUACUCUUCAGCUGAAUACCAUGUAAACAACCUGGUGAGCCCUGUACUUUUCCAGGAGGGCCUGAACCUCAUUCCUGACAAUGCUGUGGUGGUGGAGAUAGCUCCACAUGCUCUGCUGCAGGCCAUUCUGAAGCGCAGCCUCAAGCCUACUUGUUCUAUUUUGCCCUUGAUGAAGCGGGGACAUGCCAACAACCUGGAAUUCUUUCUUUCUCACAUAGGGAAAAUCUACAUGAAUGGUGUUAAUGUGGACAGUAAGCAACUGUAUCCAGCUGUGGAGUACCCUGUUCCAGUUGGGACCCCUCUCAUAUCCCCUAUUAUCCAGUGGGACCACUCUCAGAGCUGGGAUGUUCCCAAGGUAGAGGAUUUCCCAGCAGGAUCUGGAGGCUCCACCUCAGCCACUGUUUACAACAUUGACAUUAACCCUGAAUCUCCAGACUACUACAUGAUUGGCCACUGUAUUGAUGGCCGGGUCUUGUAUCCAGCAACGGGUUACCUGGUGCUUGCAUGGAGGACACUGAUGAGGAGUUUAGGCACUGUCUUGGAGCACACCCCAGUUACUUUUGAGGAUGUUACCAUCCACAGAGCCACUAUUCUACCCAAGACAGGAUCUGUCCAGUUAGAGGUUCGUCUCAUGCCUGCCACCAACCGUUUUGAGGUGUCUGAGAAUGGCAACCUGGCAGUCAGUGGUAAGGUGAGCAUGUUGGAGGAUGCAGCGUUGGAAUCGUUCCACUCUCAGAUGGCUGAGCCUGAGACCAUCGAGCUCAAGGAACCAAAACUAUGCCUGAAAGCUGGAGACAUCUACAAAGAGCUGCGUCUUCGUGGCUAUGACUAUGGCAAAACCUUCCAAGGCAUUUUGGAGUCCAACAAUGCUGGUGAUCAUGGGAAACUGCAGUGGACAGGAAACUGGGUGACGUUUUUAGACACCAUGCUGCAAAUGAUUGUGGUGGGCCUGCCUGGGCGUAGCCUGCGCCUCCCAACACGUAUUCGCUCUGUGUGUGUAGAUCCAACAUUACAUGAAAAAAGGCUUCUGGAUUAUUCUGAGGAAAGGAAAGUUGCUGAUGUCCAUGUAAACCGCUGCCUGGACAGCAUUACAGCGGGUGGGGUUCAGAUCUGUGGCCUUCAUGCCACAGUGGCACCUCGUCGGCAACAGCAACAGACCCCACCCACUCUGGAAGAGUUUGUCUUUGUGCCCCUGGUGGAUACUGAGUGCCUGGCCUCCAGUGAGAAACUAGCAGAGCAGCUGAGACACAGCAAAGGUCUAAUUAGCCAUCUCCAGAGGAAGUUGGCCAAGCAAGGGGUGAAGAUUUCCAUCCCAGGGCUAGAAGGUGUACAAGAGGACCAGCAGAUUGAGGCAGAGACAUCAGGGGGCCUGAUACGACUGCUGUCAGUACUCUGUGGUCUGGAACUUAAUGGGAAUCUGCACUCCGAGCUGGAGCAGACCGUGCAGAAGGAGAGAGAAUGUUUGCUCCAGGAUCCACUCCUUAACGGUUUGCUAGACUCUCAUGCGCUGCGCCACUGCCUUGACACAGCGCUGGAGAACUCGACUCCUGGAAAACUCAAAGUUCUGGAGGCCCUCUCCAGCGAAGGCCGUGUGUUUUCCCGGGCUGUCAGCCUCCUUAACAUUCAGCCCAUGUUGCGUCUGGACUACACAGCCUCAGAUGUAAGCACAGAGUUGUUCUCAAACCAGCAGAGCUCUCUAGAGGAUCAGGGUGUCUCAGCUGCUCCAUGGGAUCCUCAGCACAGCAAAGCCACGGGCAACCUUGGGGGCGCUGACCUAGUCGUGUGUAACUGUGUACCAGGACCUAUUUCAAACCAAUCAGCUCUGCUGGAAAACCUGGCAUCAGCAGCCAGGGAGGGGGGCUUUGUUCUGCUACACACCCUGCUGAAGGGAGAUACACUGGGUGAGACAGUGACCUUCCUCACCUCACUGGACAAUCAAACCAGUCUUCUUACCCAGGGGGAAUGGGAGAAGCUGUUCGAAAAGUUCUCUCUUGAUAUGGUCAUCGUGAAGAAAUCUUUCUAUGGCUCAGCUCUCUUCCUUGGUAAAAGGAAAAUUCCUGCGAACCAGCCUAUUUCACUGUCUGUAGACCCCACUGAUUACAACUGGGUCGAGACUCUGAAGACCCUGCUAGCUGAGAUUUCAGAUAAUCCAAUAUGGCUGACAGCCACUCAGGGCCAUAAUGGAGUGGUGGGGAUGGUCAACUGCCUGAGACAGGAGCCUGGAGGCAACCGCAUCCGGUGUGCGUUUGUGUCUAACCUGAAAAAGUCGUCGGCAGUUCCAUCUCUCCAGCUUUCCCACAAGGACAUGCAGGCAGUUCUGCAGAGGAACCUGAGCAUGAAUGUAUACCGGGAUGGACAGUGGGGGAUCUUCAGACAUCAGCUACUCGCACAAGAUCUGAACAAGGAGCUGACUGAGCAGGCCUAUGUGAAUGUGCUGACCCGUGGUGAUCUGUCCUCACUAUGCUGGAUUGCGUCUCCUUUGCGCCACUUUGUUCCCUCCAACCCCAACGUGCAGCUUUGCACUGUUUACUAUGCCUCGCUCAACUUCAGAGACAUCAUGCUGGCUACUGGCAAACUGCCCCCAGAUGCUAUCCCAGGAGACAUAGCACUCCAGCAAUGCAUGCUGGGAAUGGAAUUCUCAGGCCGGGACCCUAGUGGCCGUCGAGUGAUGGGUCUCCUGCCUGCUAAAGGACUGGCCACCUGUGUGGAUGCAGACAAGCGUUUCCUUUGGGAUGUCCCAUCCAGCUGGACACUGGAGCAGGCUGCAUCAGUACCUGUGGUCUACGCUACAGCUUAUUACUCCAUGGUUGUGCGUGGGCGCCUGAGACCUGGGGAGAGUGUGCUUAUCCACUCGGGCUCUGGAGGCGUGGGCCAAGCUGCUAUUGCAAUUGCACUCAGCAUGAAUUGCAGAGUCUUCACUACAGUGGGUUCCAAAGAGAAGAGAGCCUACCUUCAGGAACGAUUCCCCCAGCUCACUGCAGAAUCAUUUGCUAAUUCAAGAGAUGCCUCCUUCGAGCAACAUGUGCUGAAGUAUACACAGGGCAAAGGAGUUGAUGUGGUUCUUAACUCCUUGGCUGAAGAGAAGCUGCAGGCCAGCUUACGCUGUUUGGCCAGGCACGGACGCUUCCUGGAGAUUGGCAAAUAUGACCUCUCAAACAACACCCCUCUCGGCAUGGCUCUUUUCCUCAAGAAUGUGGCCUUCCACGGGAUCCUGCUGGAUGCUUUGUUUGAGGAGGGUAACCGCGAGUGGGAGGAGGUGUCCUCGCUGUUAAAGAAGGGCAUUGUUGAUGGAGUGGUGCAGCCACUACGGACCACUGUAUUUGAAAGAAAUCAGGUUGAGGAUGCAUUCCGCUACAUGGCUCAGGGCAAACAUAUAGGCAAAGUGCUGCUGCAGGUGCGCGUAGAUGAGAAAAGUGGCGUGAGUAUGGCUGCUCCUCUCGCCCUCCCUGCUAUAAGCCGGACUUUCUGUCCUGCUUCACACUCUUACAUUAUCACAGGAGGUCUGGGGGGCUUUGGACUAGAGCUGGCUAACUGGCUUACUGAGAGAGGAGCUCGCAAAUUUGUGCUCACGUCUCGUUCCGGCAUUCGCAACGGCUACCAGGCCAAGCGAGUGAGAGAGUGGCAAGCUAUGGGCAUCCAGGUGCUUGUGUCCACAAGUGAUGUGAGCACCUUGGAAGGGGCAGAAUAUCUCAUCACUGAAGCAUGUCAAUUAGGCCCAGUUGGAGGCAUCUUUCACCUUGCAAUGGUUUUGCAAGAUGGCAUGCUUGAGAAUCUGACACCUAAGCAGUUUAUUGAAGUCAAUAAGCCUAAAUAUGAUGGAACCCUCUAUUUAGACAGAGUGACGAGGCAGAAGUGUCCUGAGCUGCAGCACUUUGUGGUUUUCUCCUCGGUCAGCUGCGGCCGUGGCAAUGCUGGUCAGAGCAACUACGGUUUCGCCAACUCUGCCAUGGAGCGAGUGUGUGAGCAGCGCCGUCACAACAAUCUGCCAGGUCUAGCAAUCCAGUGGGGUGCUAUUGGUGAUGUGGGUGUAGUCCUAGAGACCAUGGGAGGGAAUGAUGCUGUGAUUGGUGGCACAUUGCCCCAGCGUAUGGCCUCCUGCUUGGAAGUGCUGGACCGUUUCCUGUCCCAGCAGCACGCCGUCAUGUCCAGCUUCGUGCUGGCAGAAAGAGUGCAGGUAGCAAAGGGAGAUGGCAGUGGACAGAGGGACCUGGUGGAGACAGUAGCUCACAUCCUAGGUGUUCGUGAUUUAAGCAGCCUGAAUCCUGAUGCCUCAUUGGCUGAUCUGGGUCUGGACUCACUUAUGGGUGUGGAGGUGAGGCAGACACUAGAGAGAGACUACGACAUUGUCAUGGCAAUGAGAGACAUCCGGCAGCUCACCAUUAAUAAACUGCGCGAAAUGUCCAGCAAUUCAGGAGGCUCUGAUGCAGCUAAACCAUCUGAGGAAAACAUCCUGGAGCUCAGGCUUUGCUGGAUUCUGAUCUCAGUGGGAUGUUGGUAAAUCCGGAUGGUCCCACAGUGACACUCUUGAAUGAGGUCAAGAGUGCAGAAAAGCCUCUGUUCCUCGUUCACCCUAUUGAGGGCUCUACUACUGCGUUCCAUAAGCUCACCGCCAAACUCAGCGUGCCAUGCUAUGGCCUGC